AUGGCUGCUAGCAGAGCGUCAUUGGGCCUCCUGGGCCUGUUCUUCAUGGCCGGUGCCAUUCUCCUCAUGUUCCUCACGUUGCUGGGCGGCGCUCGUAACUCAACCCCGCUGAACCAAAUCUACUUCCUCCAGGCGAACACAAGCAGUAUUCCAGGCGCUGGAGAUCUCUCGCGCUGGACUUUCUGGAACGUUUGCAAUGUGACCGAUGGCAAGAAUGUCUGUGGUAGCUCUCACCCGGAUUUCCCAUUCGAUCCCCCAGGCUCUCGCAACUUCGAUACUACAGACAAUGUGCCUCAGCAGUUCAUCGGAACGAAGCACUACUACCUGACCUCCCGGUUCAUGUUCCCCUUCAUCCUCAUUGGACUUUUUUUCGCUGUCGUCUCCCUCUUUACCGGUCUCUUGGCGACGUGCACCCGCGUUGGUAGCUAUCUUUCUGGGUUCAUCUCAUGGCUCGCCCUGACAUUCCAGGUGAUCACUACUUGCCUCAUGACUGCUGUUUUUGUUCAGGGUCGCGAUGCGUUCAAGAGCAAUGGCCAGACUGCCAAGUUGGGUGUCAAGGCUUUCGCUUUCAUGUGGACUGCAAGCGCAUGUCUCUUCCUCUCCUGCCUUUGCUACUGCCUAGGCGGAGCUGUUGGCCGGAAAGACACUGGUGGAUACACUGGACGCAAGGAACGUCGCCGUGGUUUCUUCUCUUCAGCCCGCUCCAAUAGCGUUCGUAGCCAAAAGAAGGAGGAGCCAGCAACGGCCGAUUACGCUUAA